CAGGAAUAAAACAGCGGCAAAUAAUCUAAAAAAAAUGCAUCGGUAAAUAUCGGACUGAAGACUGCGCUGGAUAGUAUCUCAGGACUUAUUGGAUCUGAUUUAACGCAAAGCUCUAGCGAUUUUCCUCAAUAUCUAUCGCAGAACGAACGAGUUAUGGCAUUUCUAGGCAAGGUCGGGGUAGAUCAACCUCGGUCGUAAAGAUCUAAAACGUGGAAGAUCAGUAUAUCAGCAGAGAACAAUGGAACAGUCAGUGAAAGAUGAGAAAACAUACGCUGUAGACCUAGCAUGUAUAUGGAGAAGGUAGCGUGCGAUUAAACUGGAUUAAUAUUGUUCGAUAAUUCGAUAAAGUCAUACAUGAAGUUAUCUUGAUCUGUAAGUCACCAACGCCUUGGUAAAUGGGGCACUACAAAUAUAGAGGAUUUAAGCACGUGGAUGUUUACUCUUAAGCAAGCAAGGCGAUACUUUUCAUGACUGAAAAUGUGAAGACAUGGCAUGAUUCGGACAAUUAAGCAUAGCACGCUUGAGUGAUUCGUAAGGAUAUGCAUCGAUGUAAUAAAAUGAUGAGGGAUUUUUUCGAUAUUAAAAUUGCAGUUCACGCGCUUUUGUUUACAGUGAUCGUCACCAGUUUGGAAGGUAAGCCGUCUCCGAUAGAAACAAUAUACAAAGAGGAGGGAGAUGUCAACCUUGCGGGAAUGUUUUCCAUACAUACAUAUAGUGAAACGGAAACUUGCGGUGAUACACUCCGUGAUAUAGCUACGAUUCAAAACGUAGAAGCAAUGGUAUUUGCUAUCCACAAUAUAAACGAAAAUACAGAGCUUUUACCCAAUCUAACACUCGGUUAUGUUAUAGUUGACGAUUGCAGCAAAGAUACGACAGCGUUGGGACAAGCGAUGCGAUUCAUGCCCAAAAAUUCCCAAAGCACCACGAACAAGAGAAGUAUUUUCAAAGGAGAUUCUGAUAGCACUGAGCAAUUUUUUGACGUUGCUGGUGUAAUCGGGCCACAAAGCAGCAGUUCAAGCAUGAUGGUUGCUAGUGUGUUAAACUGGUUUCAUAUUCCGCAGAUAAGUUACCAGGCAACGAGCGACUCACUUAGCGACAAAAAUAGGUAUCCGUAUUUCCUAAGAAUGGCUCCGCCUGACAAAUUCCAGGUCGAAGCAAUCGUUGACCUCUUAGUUCAUUUCAAUUGGACAUUUGUCUCCACUGUCAACUCCAACAACGCGUACGGCCGUGAUGCGAUCAACACGUUUAAAAUUCUAUCGAAGAAACGAAAUAUCUGCAUUGCGACAUCGCAAGAAAUUCGGCCGACUUAUACAGAGAUUGAAUAUGAUUAUAUUGUCAAGAAUCUUCUAAAACAUGAUCGUGCGAGAGCUAUAGUCGUAUUUUCUGAUUAUAAAGAAGCGACGGGGCUAUUAGAGGCUGCGAGUCACCUUCAAACAGAGGGCCACUUUGCCUGGAUAGGUAGCGAGGGUUGGGGUGCGUACAUCAAUGAAUUCGACGAUGUUUCUAGAUAUCUCGAUGGAGCAAUAGUAUUGAAAACCUACUCCAAAACAGUUCCUGAAUUCAAUGAAUACUUCAAAUCGAAAACAUUGCAAAAUAAUUUACAAAAUCCAUGGUGGUCGGAACUUUCGAAAAAGAAAUUCAACUGUACCGUGAAAGAAAUCUAUAACGAAACUAUAAACUGUCCGCAUAACUCGAAGCAUUCGCUUAGUGAACAAUUUGAACCGAAUCCAUCUGUGUCGACAAUCAUUGAUAGCGUUCAUACAUUUGCCAACGCUCUACACGCUCUUAUCGAAAACUGCCAUGUAGUUUCAGAAAACACUUCAAAUCUUGAAGAGUGCACCAGAGGGGAAGAUCUACUCAGGUAUAUCAGAAACAUAAGCUUUCCUGGCAUUAACGGACAGGUGAGCUUUGAUAAUAAAGGUGAUGCGUUUGGCAAAUACGAGAUCUUAUUUAUGGAAUACGAAGAAGAGCAACUGAUACAGUAUCCAUUUGCGUUAUGGGACUCAAAAUCGAGAAAUCUCACAUUUGGCGAAGGUAAGCCUGAAGAACGCCUCGGCAAGAAGCAAACGAACACAACAUCGACGUAUAUUCGAAGUAGGUUACCGUACUCUUCAUGUUCUGAAGAAUGCCCGACAGGCCAUAUUUACUUGUACCUGAAAGACACGUGUUGUUGGGAAUGCGUGGCAUGUAGUGUAAAUGAGAUUACCACCUUCAACCAAACAAGGUGCGAGACGUGCCCAUUAUUUUACUGGCCUAAUCAAAAUGACAAGGAAUCAUGCGAUGAAAUUCCCCCAACCUUUAUCCACCUUACAGAUCCUCUGUCAAUCGUGUUGAUCACCAUGGCCAGUGUUGGGUUUGUGUCCUGCAUGAUCUGUCUCGGGGUGUUCAUUGUACACAACGAUGUUCGGCUCAUUAAGUCCACUAGUCGUGAACUGAGCUAUAUUAUGCUACUAGGUACGAGUGUUUCGUAUCUUUUAGUGUUCACAUUUCUCGUGAAACCAACACUCCCUUCAUGUUACGUGAAUCACGUCGGGUUUAACAUGAGCUUCACGCUGAUAUACGCUCCGUUAAUCACCCGUACCAACCGUAUCUAUCGGAUAUUCCGUGCCGGGAAAAAGACGAAGAAGGUGCCGCUUUGGAGCAGUCCAAGGUCCCAAGUUUUCAUAGCCAUGGCCUUAGUUGGAAUACAGGCUGUCUCUAUUGGCAUAGCUACAUGGUUCGUCCCACCGGAAGCUCAACUGCGCAUGCGCGUCGUGACGGAGAAAUUUGUGGAACUGUUAUGUACACUUCCGAUGCAAGGCCUCCUCACUUCCCUAUGUUACAACCUAGUCCUCAUCUCAGCUUGCUCAUUUUAUGCCUUCAAAACAAGAACACUGCCAGACAAUUUCAAUGAAUCUAGAUACAUCGCAUUGUGCGUAUACACAACACUUUUAAUAUGGUUGGCUUUUAUACCAACCUAUUUUACGACAUCAAAAGCUUACUAUCAAGUUAUGUUGCUCUCACUGGCUUUAACAUUUAAUGCAACAGUCACUUUAAUUUGCCUUUACUUACCAAAAGUAUUCGCCUUGUACUCUAAUUCUGGUGAUACAAGAAAAACAAUAGUGAAUACGAGUAAAGGACCUUGUCAUUCCAGUUAUGUACAUUUGGGAAAUCUAGGCGUAUGCGCAGUGACGGCUCAUCAUCAAGAGUCAAUCAACGAACGCUCAAAGGUUUAUUCCAGACCACCAAGUAAAGGAUUUGAAGAUGGCUCGGUGGAAUCUCUCAAUAGCAGAACCAGUUCUUCAAUGAGCAAAGGACGGUGUCAAAGUGGAAUAGAACUAGAUAACGGUGGAUCCUCCGAUGGAAACAAGACGAGCGAAAGUUUCGUACCAAAUGCCUGUAAUUCAAUAGUGCUGAACAAUCAUAACAAUCUUAAUGGAAUGGCCAUUACAGAAUCAGUCGCUCGUGUCGUAUAAGGAGGAAUCAAAAGGUGUUUGUUCACCCAAAGAGGCACUUUGCGUAGUUUAGAAGAACAAAGAACAAAACGAUCAUGGGAACAUGUUACGGACACAAUGAAUUAAGUACAUGUACGAUACAAAGUUUAUUCUUGUGUAAAUACUAAAGCGGAUAAAGAUUCGCAUAUAAUUUUUAUUUUUUUAUUUAUUGAUUUCUCAAUUCAACCUUUAUAGGGUAUACGAGUACAAAAAAUAAACUUAACUAAUACAGUAUUAACUAAAACAACAUUCUAAUUAUUAUUAAGUUAAGAGAUAGUAAGUUGCGCGUACAUACUUUUCACAAGGGAAAAACUGUUGAUUGAAAAUAUAUUGUUUAUGGUUGACACUUCAUAAAAAAUCAAUGAAUCGGGUGAUUUAAUUUAAAUAACCUUCGCCAUCUUUCAUUGACAUUUGUAAAAGCUUGGCGUGAACAUUCAAUAAUUUAUUGUAAGUUCCGAUGGGGACCGUUAUCUAGAGUUAUUUUUGUGCCCCGUGAAAGAUC